GAACGAUACACCACGACAGGCAUGCCCCAUUACCGUGCAGCUCACCCGCACUACCGAAACCAUAGGUAAAAAUGGUGAUAUUUGAGGUAUUUUGUCCCGCUGUCACUGCGUCGUCGAUGCCAUUGCUAAGAUUUGGAACCCCGUGAGGAAAAAAAUGAGCGAAGAGUCAACAAAUCCAAACAACGAGAAGAAGCUUUAAUUUACUUCAGCAUGUCGAGCCAGAACCAGUGACAGUUAUGCGCGUGUGAGAGCAGUGGUCAUGACUCGGGAUGACUCCAGCGGCGGAUGGCUCCCCCUGGGGGGUGGAGGGCUCAGCUGCGUCACCGUGUAUAAGGUGAGCCAGCGGGACGACAGCGGCAGCACCCACAGCGGAGGCAGCAGCGGAGGGAGCAGUGCCAACCUGAGCCCGUGUAGUCCCAGUCCCACCCCCAGCACCACCCCCAGCCCCUCUGCCGUGGAGUUCCACAUCAGGGGAGAGCGCCUCAAAGACAAACUGGUGGUGCUGGAGUGCGUCCUGCAAACCGACGUGGUCUACAACAAGGUGAACCCCAUCUUUCACCACUGGAGGAUCAACGACAAGAAGUUCGGCCUGACCUUCCAGAGCCCGGCAGACGCACGCGCCUUCGACCGGGGGAUCCGCAGGGCCAUCGAGGACCUCAAGCAAGGUUGUCGGUCUUUUGGAGAUGUGGACAGUCCGGAGGAUGGUUUACCAGUGUGUAACGAGCCUCCGUCUCUGUGCACCCCGAUGAAGGAGCCCUUCUCUCCGCUGAGUGAGGCGCACACGGAGCCCUUCAGAGGCUGCUACGUCCGAGCUCAGCCCUUUGACGAGUUCCCCUCCAACACGCGCUACUUGCCCCCACAGGUGUCCUUCAAGCCGACUCGCCACGUCAGCUUCCACAUGGACGAGGAGGAGAUCGUGCGCAUCAACCCGCGGAAGGACGUGCUGAUCCGGGGCUACGAGGACUACCGCCACCCGGUCAUGUGGAAGCAGGAGGAGCGCGACGCCAUGGACUUCCCCUCCGCCUUCCACAAAGCCGACAACAACAAGUACCUGUUCUCGGACGCGCACCCCGGGGACCUGCACCACCCGUCGGGCACCGGCGCGGGCAUGGGCACCGGCCUGGGCAUGGGACUGGGCAAAGACUCGGCCAUCAAAACCCAACCCUCGCCCCUGCUCAAGUCCAAGAAGAGCCGGCGGAGGAGAGAGGACGGCGAGCGCUCCCGGUGCAUCUACUGCCGCGAGAUGUUCAACCACGAGGACAACCGCAGGGGGCAGUGCCAGGACGCGCCGGACCCCAUCAAGCAGUGCAUCUACAAAGUGAGCUGCAUGCUGUGCGCCGAGAGCAUGCUGUACCACUGCAUGUCCGACUCGGAGGGGGACUUCUCCGACCCGUGCUCCUGCGACACGUCCGACGAGCAGUUCUGCCUGCGCUGGCUCGCCCUGGUGGCCCUGUCCUUCAUCGCGCCCUGUAUGUGCUGCUACCUGCCCCUCCGCGCCUGCCACCACUGCGGGGAGGCGUGCCGGUGCUGCGGGGGCAAGCACAAAGCCGCCGGGUGACCUCCGCCGCGCCCGAGCAGCGCCAACACCCCUCGGGACACCACUGAAGCUAGCUUAUAAAGUGGAAAUUUAAAAAGCCGGCAUCCUUUUAUUCCAUCGCCCCUCCGCUCGGACUGGGGGCGAUCUGUUCAGAGAUUUGAGUUUGUCGCCGACGAGCAGCAGCCGGAGCGGUGAGACAUGCUUUGUGGUUAGCUCUGAGCACACGCGUCAAGCUCAGGAGCGCGACUUGUGGAGGAGCGCAGGAUUUAACGGACUCUCGAGGCGCUACUAAUGACACCUGUACACACACACACACGCACACGCGCACACGCACACACACAAAUACAGUCGUGUUUCAUAACGCCAGGCCACAUGCGGACAAAGAAUCGUUUAUGAAGGAAUCUUUUGUACAGAGAUCGACAAGCUAUAGACUAUUAUUGUUCCGAAAAAGCUCCUCGCCGUUCGCUAAAAGGGAUCUGUUUUUGCUUCUGUGAUUUGGCUAACCGCGGCCCUCUUCACGGCUCCACAGUUGUAAUUACUAUACAGAAAAGUGCACUCCAAAUAGUGUUUUCCCCUCUCCUUCGGUAUCGGUCUGUUGUGGUGUGCGAGCCACGUGAUUUCUCGUCAUUUUUGAACAUUUGACAGAUGUUUUGUGGUGCGUUUAUGGCCAACGUUCUUCGCCCUUCCCCCCUCCUUCCCUUCCCUUCCCUUCCCUACGCCAAAACGUUGCUUUGAAGGUACUGUUCGGAAGCAAAGUUUUCCGCCGCCAAACAAUUCGGACCAUUUCACCGCAUUCCAAAAACAAAGGGAUCAACUACAAGGGAAAAUGGUAGCAGUUUUACCAUGCGCUCUUCCCGAGAAUAGUUGCCGAAAUCACACAAUUUGCAAGAAAACUUUGAAGAAAUUGUGUAAAAUUUUGUUGUCUCGAAAAGAUAUAUUCUAUUUUGGGAUAAAUUUGAAAUGUUGCUCAACCAGCAAGUUUUAAUUAGGUGAGUCUGGGGUUUUCGUGCUGAUUUUUAACGGUUAAAACAUGGCACUUAUUAGAUUUUUGUUUUAUUUGAACCCCUUUAAACUAACGGAACAUAGUUUUUAAGCACUACUACUUUCCGAGCUUUUGGUUACACCUCUCCUUAGUCCAUGUUAUAAUUAUAAUUUUUCUGUUUUUGUUUUCUGUGUACCCAUAUUUUUGUUCUGUCAUUCCCCAAAAUUUAUUCCUUGUAACUCGUCUGAAUGCUUGACUUGGAAUUGUAUUAAAAAUGGCGUGUGUGCGUGUGUGUACAUAGGUGUAAUAUGCACUGGCGAUCGACGUAAGAAAACGAAAACUGCCCAACGCAACGCCUCCUGUUUUCCGCAUUUUUUACUGUUUUUACGAUUUAAAAAUGUUAAAACCAUACGAAAAACAGGACGCGGGCAGACUGUUAAUUUGUAUUUCCAGUGUGUAAAUGGAAAAAAAUCGAAUCAUAUCUGUUUUUAUUGGAGUUUUGGUACGGAAAAACACAAAGGCGAUGUCCACAUAAAUACAUUUACACAUUUACACUAUAGAACAAAAAAUACUGAGAUGGAAAAAGUGUGUAUGAGGUAUUUUGCUAUGAUGUCAAACCUUAAAAUACCUAAAAACGGCAAAGAAAAGUUGGUUAGCUUAGCGUUGUUAGCAAAGUUAGCAGGUUUGGCUACAGCUAACUUGUUUCACGUUGCUAUUGGGUUAGCGUGACGGCUGUUAAGUUGAAAGUUUUGUGAUUGGGCUAUGAAAUUAAGCAACUUGACUGAGUUUAGUCACUAGCUAAGCAUAAAUGGGGCACACGGCUGGUUUGUACAUGAUUUGGGUUCGCUAGCUAGAUAAUUUACCUAGUACCAUAUUUUUUGGACCAUAAGUUGCUCCGGAGUAUCGGCCAAGAAAUGCGUAAUGAAGACGAAAAAAACAUAUAAGUCAAUAAGUCUUUUUGGGAGAAAUUUUUUAAUAAAAUCAGAGACCAGGAAUCAACAUUUCAUCUUGAAAGUCAGGUUAUAUUAAUAACAACAGAAGAGAGAACAACAGACUGUUAACGUCACAUAUGAACAGUUCUUCAGAUAAACUAUAACAUAAACAACAGAAGAGAACAAGUUUAACAAACUCUCCAUCUCACUCCAAAUCACUAAAUCCAUUCAAUUCUUCAUCCUCGGUGUCACUUCUGAACAACUCCACGACCUGCGGAGGUAAACAGAGCACCGCUUCCUCUUUUGUGUCGCUGUCGUCAGACUCAGCAUCAGUUCCAGUUAGAACAAGGGUCUCCAAACUUUUUCCUUUACAAAACAAAAACGCCAAAGAGCUACUUAUUUUAACAGCUGCAAGAAAUUUAGUAUUAUACAAGAGCCACAGCCUCAGAUUGGGGACAGUUAGAUGCCUAUAAAAUACAAAGCAUUAUUCAUUUAUUAGUGCACAAAAGUGGACAUUAAAAUUAUAGAUUUACAAUGGUAAUUCAUCAAAUUUUACUUAGUCAACACAACACGUACAAUUCAGAAUUCCCUUGGCGAGCUACGUGGAAUGGGGUGGAGAGUUACAGGUUGGAGACUCCUGAGUUAGAAUUAUUCCGGUCUUUCUAAAUCCGGACAGGAUGGUUUCGGUGUCACUGAAGUCCACGCUCUGUCCAUCCAUCCAUCCAGUGACUUCAGGAAAGUUUCAUGAUAUCACAAGUUUCUCACUCACUCUAAACUUUUUUUCUGCUGCUCGAUUACCGUUUUAGGCUGAAUAUUUCACGACUUGCAGCUUCAUUUGUAGUUUAAAUGUUAAAUUGUUCAGUGGUGCAGAAGUAACGGUGCGAUCGACUGACAUGAUACAGACCGGACAGAGGCUCUUUCUGCAGGAGACAUGCGCACCCUUACCCUAGAGCCAAGUGACAGUGGUACAGGAGGAACAGGAGCAGCAGAUAAUGACACACAAAACUAGAACUUCUCCACGCUUCAGUGUGACCAUUUUAAUAUAUAAGCAACUUAUAGUCUGAAAAACACGGCAGUUAAGUAGUUAUAAUUUUGUAUUCAAAACUACAAAGGAAAUUGACGUCUAAAACUAUAAUUCAUGUCAAUACGGUGUAAAAUUCGACAUUAAACUGAGUUAGUUGGCAGAGAACGUUAGCGGGUCACUGGUUGUUAACUGUUUUACUUACUGGAUUCUUACAUAAGCUACAUAAUACGAAAUAUAAACGUUGUACGAAGCUGCUUUCUAAUGCAUUUGUGUGGACAUGGCCUACUUUUGACAACUUUUCAUAAACUUAACAAUAGAUUUUCAAACCCAAUCAGACUCAUCUAAUCUCCAAACAAACAAUAGUCAAUAUCCAAAAUGUAAAUAUUAGAAAUUAAAAUUAUUAGAGAAGUCUCACUAUACAAAUUAACCAAUAUUUUUCUUAUAAAUUACAAAAAAAAAAUAUCCUUUCUAUGCAAUCUCUCCCUGGAAAACCUUGUGCAGUAGGUGACGGGACACUUAGGUACCAAACUCCAAAAACACAUGUAUAUAUCUAACACUAUAUUUAAGUGCUGAUAAUAAUAAUAAUAAUAAUAAUAAUAAUAAUAAUAAUGAUGAUAAUGAUAAUAAUAAUCCGACAUUUUUUUUGUCUUUGAUAUUUGAAAGAUAGAGUUGUAUUUAUGGACGCUGUCGGCAUUUACCGUAGCUUAUAUGACAGCGCUUGUGUAUAUAGGCCACUUUUUAGUAUUAUUUCACAUUGAAAAGUAGAGUCCGGGACUGAUAGCCUAAUAGUUGAUCUAGUUUUGUACGGUAGGUGGGUUAGAGCUAAUGGUACGCUCGGGGGCGGUGUUCUGAAGAGUUUCUAUAUAAAUAUUAUAUAUAUACUGUAUGUACAUCUAAAGCUGCUAGAUACAAUCACUAAUAUUUCUCGUGUUGGCAGAAAUCAGCUAUGAUCGACUGUUAAUUCUCCUACAGCAUAUAACGGAGUGAAUGUGGGGCGAAAUGGGCGUGUUUUCGGUAAAAAGCUCAGCACGGUUCGGUGAAUUGUGCAAAAAAAAUAUAUAUUUAUAUCAACUACUGGUGUAAAAUCUGAGGAAAAAAUACAAUAUUACCGCAAAAACUCAAAUCUAGUCAAGUUAAGAUCGCGUGAAUUAAGAAAGUUUCAUCAAGAUCUGAGUAAAAUUAUCUGACUUUUUGCACUUAAAAUAUGAAAACACAACUUGCUACACUAAAAAUAAGAAAAACGGCAACUCUUUGCACUUAAAAUAAGAAACAACAUCAAAUGUUGCUUGAAUUAAGAUGGCAGUGUAGAGUCAAUAUUGCUUUGGUUACAUCGAAAACGGGUACAAAAAGUAGUUCUGAUGUGCGUUUUGUUUAAGUUUGAUUUAAAUUUUGUUUCCACUCAAAUCAUCUGGGGAAAAUGAAAUUCAAACAUCGUUGAAUAUUGUGUUUUUUCUUUAGAUUUUACACCAGUACACUGCAAAAACACAAUCUAAUCAAGUUAAGAUGACUCGAUUUAUCAUGAUUUGAGUAAAUUUCACUUGACAAGUAAAAUUAUCUGCCAAUGGAACAAGACUUUUUGUAUUUUAAAUAUGAAAAUACAUCUUGCUACACUUAAAUAAGAAAAACAACAACUUUUAGCUCUCAAAAUAAGAAACAAAAUCAAAUGUUGCUUGAAUUAAGAAAAAACACACUUAUUCCAUUGGUAGACAUUUUUACUACCAACUCAAAUCAAGUAAAAUAUUCUUAAUUUAAGUGAUUUUAACUUACAUUGAUAUUGUUUUUUGCAGUGAAUAAUGUUUGAAUUUCAUUUUGAACAGAUGAUUUGAGUGGAAACACAAAUUUAAAUCAAAUUUAAACAAAACACACGUCAGAACUAAAAUGGAACUUUUUUGAAAAUUUUAAGCCAUUAUCACUUUCCGGGCUCCGUAGAAUCAGUAUUGCGUAAAUUGAAAAUGGGUACAAAACCAUUCUUACACUGGAAAAAAACGAUAUCUAGGUAAGUUGAAAUGACUUAGAUUAAAUGACUUAAGAAUAUUUUACUUUGAGUCGAUUCAAUUUGACAAGUAAAAUUGUCUACCAGUGGAAGAAGUCUGUUUUUCUUAAUUCAAGCAACAUUAGAUUUUGUUUCUAUUUUAAGUGCAAAUGUUGUUGUUCUUAUUUUAUGUGUAGCCAGAUGUAUUUUCAUAAAGUACAAAAAGUCUUGUUCCACUGGCAGAUAAUUUUAUUUGUCAAGUGAAAUCAUGAUAAAACUUUCUUAAUUCAAGAAUUAAUCUUAACUUGAUUAGAUUGUGUUUUUCGCAGUGUACUGGUGUAAAAUAUGAAUAAAAAAUACAAUAUUCAGUGAUGUUUGAAUUUAAUUUUGCCCAGUGGAAACAAAAACUUAAAUCAAACUUAACCAAAACACACAUCAGAACUAAAAUUUAACUUUUUGUACCCAUUUUUAAUGUAAGCAAUACUGACCGUACAGAGCCAGUAAAGUGACAAUGGGUUAAAAUUUUCAAAAACAUUCCUACACUGGAAAAAAACAAUAUCUUGUCAAGUUAAAAUGACUUACAUCAAGAAUAUUUUAAUUUGAGUCGAUUCAAAUUGACAAGUAAAACGAAUCUACCAAUGGAAUAUGUGUGUUAGAUUUUGUUUCUUUCAGGGGCAAAAAAAUUGCUGUUUUUUUCUUAUUUUAAGUGUAACCAGAUGUAAUUUUAUAUUUUAAGUACAAAAAGUCUUGUUCCACUGGCAGAUAAUUUCACUUGAUCAUGAUAAAACUGGGCUAGAUUUAGUUUUUUGCAGUAUAGAUAUUGUUGCAAGUAAAAAAUAAUCAACAUUUGAGGAUUUUGAUUUGAUUUUUUUCUUAAAUUUUCCAGAAGAAAAUUACAAAACCUUCAGUAUAAAAUGGUAACGUGAUAUUAUGAAACUAUAACUAUAAAGUAAAGUCAACCUAAUCCUGCCGUACUAACUUAACCGUGCCGUUCGCGUCACCGAAACGACGCCUGUGUGUGUGCGUUUGUGUGAGUUUGUGCGUUUGUGUAUGUGUGGGGAGGCUGUGUGUAACCAAGCACUCAUCACUCACAUUAUCCCUGCGUUAUGUGGAGGGCGACUGAACCCGAUGGGGACAAAGAAAAACUUGCUGGCUGAAUAGCAUCGAGUAGGAUCUCCUCCAUCAAAAACAAACAUAAAGAACAAAUGAGAAAUCCAACUUUGUCCGGGGCUGGAAUCUAAAGCGCACAAGUGACAUUUUGGGAUAUAAAUACGUCAAAUAAAUGAGAAAAUCGUGAUGAGUUUUGAACCUAGGGUUGUCAGAAGUAUCAAAAUUCAGAUACUUGUCGAUAUUAAAACUUGUAUCGAAACUAAAUACUCAUUUUUUGCAGGUAUUGAUACGAAAAAAGUCAGAAAUUAAGCUUUUCUGAAUCGUUUUAGACUGAGUUUGAGCUGUUUGAGAACAAGUAUAAGAGCACGUAGACUAAAAAUGAAAGUGUUUUUAAUUAUUUUUAUUGUAUCGGAAUCGGUAUUGAGUAUCGAGUCUAUUCCUUGAGUUUGUAAUUUUAGUAUCGUUACAACAAUCUACUUCCCACUGCUGAAAUUUAACAAAAAAUUACCUUUUUUGAUAAAACUGUAUAAGAAUUUAAGCUUCAAUUACAUCUCUAAAACAAGUUAAUGAAUAGAAAUUUUAAGAAAAGUUACUGAAAUUACAGAUGUGAGGAAUUUUUUUUUUUGGAAAUGCCCUGAAAGUGUUCCGUAUAUGCAGUUUUUUUGUUUCUUUUGAGGGAAAAUUUAGCAUUUUUACGUUAAUUUAGUUUUUUUUUUUCUGUAAAGUUCCUAAAAUGUCACUUGCGGUCUUCCGAUUCCCAACCCCAAAUCCAAACGGAGUGUAGAGGUUUUAAAAUAACACUUUUUUCUCAUUUUAACCAGCACAGUGCUCCUUCUCUUCACGUACUGUAAAAUAUAUGCAACACGUCUCUGUCCGCUUUAAUAUCUCUCUAUUUUUUAUUAUUAUUAAAAUUUCAACUUCAAUUUUAACCACUUUUUGCUGCUAGUCUUUUAAUCCUCCUUUCGAUCUUGGAAAUUUUGUGCAUAUCUUCGGGGAAUGCAUACCGGUGUACAUUGUUGACAUUGUGUAGAUAAAUUUAAACAAAAAAAAAUUAACGGAAAAGCGCUCUAAUUUUUCAGUGUAUGGUUUGCUUCUGGUGCACUGAAUAUGUGUAAGCUUUUUUUCAUCUUACGGUUGCGCUCGGUGUAACAUUUCUGUGAUUAGUUGGAAAUAGUGGAAGACAUUUGUGUUUUUUGAGAAAAUUUUGCAGUAUAAAUGAUACUACUCCUAACUACUCUGUAAGCACUGCCUGUUUUUCCCUUUUCUUUCACUUUGUGCAUCUCACGGCUUGGUUCUCCGUACGGACGUGGACGGGUUUAUGAAUGCAUAUUAUCACCAAAAAAGUCAAUCUUGUUUAGUAAUUUUUUGUAUUUGAAAUUUGAUUUAAAAUUUUGGACGAUGCUUUUCCAAAUGCCAUCUAACACCAGAGAACUUUUUUGUGUGUGUAUUUUUUCAGUUAUAGUUCAAACCCUCCAAAAAAGUUGGGUUCAAUUCAAGAUAUUUUCCCUAGAAAAUCAAAUUUAAAAUUUUUUUAAAAAUCUCCUUGCCAAAUUUUUAAAUCAGAUUUUCCCCCCCCUUUUUUUCCCUUUGUUUUUUAUUUUUAUUUAUUAAAAAAAUGUUUUGCAAUGUCUCUUCAAAAUUUUGUUUUUUGUUUGUUUGUUUAAUAGCAAAAAUGUAUAUAUAUUUCAAACUAACUCAAUUACUAGUUUUAUGUAACAAGUUGGGUUCAAUUCAAAAUAUUUUCCCUAGAAAAAUUUUUGGGGAAAAAAGUAUAUAUAAAACUUGCCAAACUUUGGCAGUGUCUCUUCAAAAUUUAGGUUAUCAAAAAAAAUUAGCACUUUUUAAAAUUUAAUAAAAUUUCAUUUUAUUUUUUAUAGCAAAAUGUUAUAUAUUUCAAACUAACUCAAUUAGAGUGCUACAUAACAAAUGUUAAAAGAUGAAAGUAAUAUUUGGUCACAUUUAACACAUUUUUCAGUGUUAAACAACAAAACAAAACUUGAAACAUCCAAAAAAUACACAUUUCAAACAAAACAAAAUUACAUUGCCAGGUAAAAGAUGUUCAAAGACGGCAAUAGCGCUUUUUUGUCAAUUUAAAUGAGGUUUCAGUUUUCAGAGAUAAAUUUUUUGAAAUUUUUGCCUUUUUUGCGGCGUCGCUACAGAAACACACAUGCCCCGAACUACUGAUCCAACUUAAACCCUGUGAAAUAAUCUGCAGUCAUAAACCCGACCCACACGACCAGGCCUUUGUUUAGUGCCAUCGGCUUCACCUCCCGACAACCUCAAAAAAGUGCCUCACGUUCAUCCACUAGUCUCCAUUUUGAAUCUCCAUUUUGGGUCGCCAUUUUGGAUCUCCUCCGGUCUCCUUGGUUCCACACAUCUAGGGUCACGUUCUAGUGUUUGGAGAACUCCGAGUAUCUGGUGUAAAAUGUACAGUCCCAAGAAGCCCUCAUGUAUUUCCUUUGGACAGAUGUAGCGUGUUACUUUUCAUCCUGUAAAUAGACAUACAUGUUUGUAACUGUUUUUAUGUUACAUCAUACACUUGUAAUUUGACAUAUCAAAUAACAUUAUCAUAAUAAAAUGGUGAGUUUUAAUCUUUU